CUGCAAGUCUUUCUAUUGCUGCCGAGCGGCACGAGCCUCAUGCUCUGGCCAUGGACAUCUGCUCCAUAAAAAUACGGGAUGUUAUUGCCAUGGCAAAAUGUACAAGUGACCCAUAUGUGAAGUUUAAACUGAACGGGAAGACUCUGUACAAAAGCAAGGUGGUCUACAAGAACCUCAACCCAGUCUGGGAUGAGACCGUUGUGCUGCCCAUACAGACCCUCGAUCAAAAACUCUGGAUCAAAGUGUACGAUCGAGAUUUAACCUCUUCAGACUUCAUGGGUUCGGCAUUUGUAGCACUCGCCGAACUUGAACUCAAUAGAACUACUGAACAGGUUUUAAAACUGGAAGAUCCCAACAGUUUAGAAGAUGACAUGGGAGUGAUUGUAUUAAACUUGAGUCUAGCAGUCAAGCAAGGAGACUUCAAGAGAAACAGGUGGUCAAGUCGGAAGAAGCGAACUUCAUCCAAGUCGAGUUUCAUGCGGAGCGUGCGACUCUCCGAGUCUUUGCGCAAGAACCAGUUGUGGAACGGGCUGGUCACCAUCACGCUCUUGGAGGGGAAGAACAUCCCCGGAGGGGGCUUGGCAGAGGUUUUUAUUCUCCUCAAACUGGGAGAUCAAAGAUACAAGAGUAAGACACUGUGUAAGAGUGCAAAUCCUCAGUGGAGGGAACAGUUUGAUUUUCACUACUUCUCUGACAGGAAGGAUAUGUUGGACAUUGAAGUCUGGAGAAAGGAUAACAAAAAGCAUGAGGAGCUUUUGGGAAUGUGCCAAGUUGACGUUAAUGCCCUGCCGACGAAGCAGACCAAUUGUUUAGAGCUGCCUCUGGAAAAUCAUCAGGGGUCCCUGCUAAUGUUGAUUGCUGUCACCCCGUGUACAGGAGUCUCUAUCUCUGAUCUGUGUGUCUGCCCUUUGGGAGACCCCAGCGAACGGCAACAGAUUUCACAGCGCUAUUGUAUAAAGAAUUCUUUUCGGGACAUGAAGGAUAUUGGCUUCUUGCAAGUCAAAGUUUUAAAGGCGGUAGACCUGUUGGCAGCAGAUUUUGCAGGUAAAAGUGAUCCUUUCUGUGUGUUAGAACUGGGAAACGACAGUCUUCAAACGCACACUGUUUACAAGAACCUCAAUCCAGAGUGGAACAAAGUCUUCACAUUCCCUAUUAAAGAUAUUCAUGAUGUCCUGGAAGUGACAGUGUUUGAUGAAGAUGGAGAUAAACCCCCUGAUUUUCUUGGAAAAGUUGCCAUCCCUUUGCUGUCUAUUAGAAAUGGUAAACAAAGUUGUUACACGCUGAAGAAUAAAGACUUGGAGCGUGCUUCAAAAGGAGUCAUCUACUUGGAGCUGGAUGUCCUGUUUAAUCCUAUAAAAGCAAGUAUUAGAACAUUCAAGCCCCGAGAAAAGCGCUUUACUGAGGAGAACCGCAAGUUUUCUAAAAAGAUCUUAUCAAGAAAUGUUGAUCGCGUGAAAAAAAUCACCAUGGCAAUAUGGAAUACGAUACAAUUCCUUCGGAGCUGCUUUCUCUGGGAGUCCACGGUGAAGAGCGUGAUAGCGUUCGUGGUAUUUGUGGUUACCGUCUGGAGCGUGGAGCUGUACAUGGUGCCCCUGGCUCUGCUGGUGCUCUUUGCAUACAACUUCUCCCUCAUCACAACAGGGAAGGUCAACAACACCCAAGAUGCCCAGGAGCUUAUGGGCUUGGAUGAAGAUGAGGAUGAAGAUGAUAAGGAAUCUGAAAAAAAGGGGUUAAUUGACAGAAUCCACAUGGUCCAAGAGAUCAUCAUAGCUGUUCAAAGCAUCCUAGAAGAAAUAGCAUCAUUUGGGGAGAGGAUUAAAAACACAUUCAACUGGACGGUGCCUUUUCUCUCUGUCCUGGCCUGCUUGGUCCUGGCAGCAGCAACAGUCAUUUUGUAUUUCAUACCACUGAGGUACAUUGUUUUAAUCUGGGGCAUAAAUAAAUUCACUAAGAAGCUUAGAAAUCCCUACGCCAUCGACAAUAAUGAGCUAUUAGAUUUCCUCUCCAGGGUACCAUCUGAUGUUCAAAAGGUGCAGCAUGCUGAAUUGAAACCAUACAGCAGCUCCAGUCCCAUUAGGAAGAAACGAAGCGCGCUAUAG